AUUCGAUACGGAGCAAAAAUCAGAAUUAGUCCAACGGAAUCCCGGAAAGUAGCGAGUGCGAGACACAGCGGUGCCGUUGCACAAAAUCACAACGAGCGCUGAUUAACCUGUCAAGACGUGGUCCUGUAUUGUUUUAUUUACGCACUCGAAGGUGUUGCGGCUAAUCGUCCAUAGGAUUCGGUCGACUGCCAGGCAGGAUGGUGAAGCCAGAGCAAGUUUUAAUUAUCGAGCCGGAAAGCGAACUACGGUUCAAGGGCCCAUUCUCACAGGAAGCGGUCACAUCGCAUAUAAUAUUAACGAAUCCAACAAAUCGUAAAGUUUAUUUUAAAAUAAAGACAACUGCUCCAAAGAGAUAUUGUGUACGUCCUAAUAGUGGAAUGAUUUUGCCAAAGAAGAAGUCUCAAAUAUAUGUGACUCUACAGCCAUUCGAUUUUGAUCCAACGGAAAAGAAUAAACAUAAAUUUAUGGUACAAUCGUUAAUAGCUCCAGUCGGUGACGACGAUGACACCUUGUACGAUAUGGUGUGGAAAGACCCGAACGCGGAUCAGCUAAUGGAAUCUAAAUUAAAAUGUGUAUUUGAAAAUCCUGUGAUUUCCACUACAAGAGCUAAAACUACUGCAACUGUCACAACGACUAAAACGGAAGCAACUUUACCAAAUGUAGGAAGCAAGUCAUCAUCUAAGAUUGUUGGAGAAGCAGAGGAAAAGUUAUUGAAAGCGGCACAAGAAGUUAAUCAGCUUAGGGUAGAAGAAAGUACUCUUAGGCAGGAAAACAUUCAGUUGAAGGAGGAUUUAUUACUACUAAAGAAUGCAGCAAUGGGAAACGACGCUACUACCUUAGUCGCGUCUAGAGGUUUGAUCUCACGAAAUCAUAGCCAAUUUCCUCCAAAUGCCAUCCUUAUUGCCAUUGUCAUGGGCAUAAUAGGAUAUAUAUUUGGAAAAAUGUUCUGAGCAGCCGUUACAAUACCGCAUAACUUGGCACAUCCCCUCUUCCCCUGUGUUUCUUAGCCUGCCCCCCUGCUACCAUGUACCACUUACUGAUCAGAGAGAUCAAAAUCAGUCAUCGUAUUACACGGUUGUUCAUAAUAAAUACUAUAAACAUGAACAGGUAGUGGUUUACAAUAAUAGAAUUAAACGCGCUGCAGGAGUGUGCUUAUAUUUUGGUAAACCGACUGAACAUCUAAAUUCUUUUUUAAGAAAUCACAUCGCAUAGGCUGUAGCAUAGAAUGCAGAAGUUAACGAUAAAAAUCUUUUGUUGUCGGUGAGUGUCGUAAACAAUUAAUGAUUUAAAUAUUAAAUCGAUUAAUUAAAAACGAAGCGUUAAUAUCAUCCGAGAUCAUCCAUUUCUUUUCGUUUCGACGUUUCUUACGAAAGGAUUUUCGCUUUAACGAGUUUGCUUGCGGCGAUGUCUUCGAAAAAAGAAAAAAAAAACGUGUUGCCACUAAGUGAUUUAUGUAUGGAAUUACGAAAUUUAUUAAAUAUAAACUCUUUCAAACGAACAUAUUCAUUUGCAGAGUGAUGUCUGUAUCUGUGUAUAAAAAGAAAAAAACACACGCACACACACACACACACACACACACAUGAAAGAGAAAAAGCAAAAUGGAAAGAAUUAAGGGAAACGGAGAUGAAAUUUCUUUUUUUUUUUAAUCUUUCGACAUACUAAAAACGUACUUAACAAUCACACGAUGUAAGAUUGUACAUAAUGUAUCCAGUUUAAGAUAAUAUAUUAAUGUCUAACUUAUAUAGUCAGGCGGGGGAGGGGGGCUGGCUGGAUUAUUAAUCGUAGUGGUUCUCUCGUGACUCAGAAAUUGGAUACGCUGGCUCUAUCCAUCAGCAAUAGUAUAUCACAUAAGCGAUUUAUUGCAUCACGAAUUUUUGACGCUUCAGUGUAUUUUUAUUUCUUUAUGUUUGUCUUAUAAAAAUUCAAAAUAAAGAUAUCUCGGAUGUCA